AUGCCUAACACGUGGGAUUUUGAAGAGGGGGGCGAUGAACGUAAUGAGGAGCGACGUACCUUGCUAGAAGAAGGUGAACAGAAAGCACAGCGUAUCUUUUCUGGCUUCAUCGAAUUCGCCUUCUCUGGUAACAUUCUUGAAAUUGCAUUUGGCUUAAUCCUCGCAACGUCGUUCACGGCCCUCACUACUUCCCUCGUAAGCGAUAUACUUCUCCCGCCACUCUCUGUCAUUCUUCCAUUACGAAGGAACAUGAACGAGAAGUUCGCAGUGCUAAGACCGGGGCCGAACUAUAACGACGAAGAUGGUUACAACACUCUAGAUCAGGCACAGAAUGACGGUGCUAUCGUUCUAGCUUAUGGUGUGUUUCUCAACCGAAUCGUCAAUUUCUUAGGUAUCGGCAUAGCUCUCUACGGCUUGGCAAGUUUGUACCAGUAUCUGUCGAACGACCCCAUCAUCAAGCAUACAGUUAAAUGUCGAUACUGUAAAAAAAGCAUUGGUUCGAAGGCGAUCCGAUGCGUGAAUUGCACUAGCUGGCUCGACGGGCGCGAAGAGCGGAUGCGAUAG